AUGCUUAGGCUUUCUCUCUACUCGCGCCUUCCGCUGAUGGACUCGCGGCAUGCCGGCCGCUGCUGCCUCGCCGUCAUCGUCGUGCAAAACGCAACUCUGAUCGUCGCCGCCUGCUACAGCCGCGCGCUGCCCGGUCCUCGCUACUUGGGCUCGGUCGCGGUCCUGCUGACAGAGGUGCUCAAAGCGCUGGCGGUCGUCGCGUGCGGCGUCUACUCCUCGGGGAGCGCCGCGCUGCAGGCCGAGCUGCGCACAGUUUGCGCCCGGCCGCCCUUUGUCGCCGCCUUUGCGCUGCCGGCCGCCUGCUACUGCCUGCACAACAAUCUGUGGUACGUCGCGGUGACGCACCUGGACCCGGUCACGGUCGCGGUCGGCACGCAGACCAAGGUUGUCUUUGCCGCCCUCUUUGCCGUGCGGCUGCUCGGCAAGCGGCUGGGCAAGGUCCGGUGGGCGGCCAUCUCUCUGCUCAGCGCCGGGCUGAUGCUGGUCGAGUCGAGCGCGCCCUCCUGGCAGCGGCCGAGCCGCGCGGCGAGCGGCGCUGCGGACGGGGCCGACGGCGGAGUGGAUCGCGCCCGCGGCCUGCUCGCCCUCUUCUCCCUCUGCGCGCUGUCGGGCCUCGCAGGCGCGGGGCUAGACACCUCCUAG